UCACGUCGCUCGGUCCACUCUGAAGAAGGAAGUGUUGCGCGAGGGUGUCCCGUGGAGGCUAUUUACAAACAUCAAGCUCCGAUUGCACUGCACUAUCCCGGAACACACGCUCUCUAAAUCACCCCUGAUUCGAAAAAUAAAUGCCCUGCAUAGGCCUGCGAGAAAUAAAACACGCGAAGAACAAGGAUCAUAAUCCGCACGGUGACAAAGCCACACUCGCGAUAAGGAACGGAGAUAAAGCGCACGGAGCCGUGUCGCCGUUGCCUUCUCAAUGCAUACCCUUUGUGCUCGGGGAACGAUGAAACCAGAGAUCACCGCAGCCGUCGGAUUUCUGUCCAGAUUCCUGCGGAUAAAAGGACACGUAAACGACAGACAGCUUCAGACAUUCAGCCAAACCCUACAGGAUAUUUUAGCAGAGCAAUACAAGCACCAUUGGUUCCCUGACCGUCCCUGCAAGGGCUCUGGGUACCGCUGCAUUCGCAUCAACCACAAGAUGGACCCUCUGGUGGGUCAGGCGGCGCAGCGCAUCGGCCUGACCAUCCAGCAGCUGUACGUGCUCCUGCCCAGCGAGCUGACGCUCUGGGUGGACCCGUUCGAGGUCUCCUACCGGAUCGGCGAGGACGGCUCCAUCUGCGUGCUCUACGAGUCCCAGCCCAGCGUCAGCGUCAGCGUCAACAACGCGGUCAACAUGGCAACCGGCGGCCCGACCUCCGGCCACGGCGUGACCUCGCUGGUGGACAGUCACAUCAGCUGCAAGGAAGAACUGCUGCAGCUGGGGAGAGCCAGCCCCUCCAAAGCAUACAGCAUGAUGACCGUGUCCAGCUAAAGCCUGCCACAUGGUGCUGUUUUUAAGAUAAACGAGGAGAGAAAAAAAAAAGCAUAUAAAAAAUGAAAUAAGGAAAGAGAAAAAAACAGAAAAAAAAAACGAAAAGAAAAAAGGAGGAGAGAAAAAAAAAGCAGAGGAUGUGGCCUAUCAUGCAGGUGAUGGAAACCUUACAGGUUUUAAUUUCACUUGUCUCUUACGUUCACGUUUGUUGGUGUUCUUGUUGUUGGAUCUGCCAUUAAGUCCCCUUAUAUAUUAGGGGAUAGUGAGGAGGAGAUGUUGUUGUUGUGCUACACACUGGGGCAGCUAUAAGACCAGCGGAGUGUCUGCCCCUCCCUGGACAAAGCCAGGCCAGAAACGGCGGGGCUGUUAUUAUUUUUGUUUUUUUUUGAAAAGGUGUUUCCUUUUUGAUGUUGAAUUUGCACUUUUAUUUUCAAAUGGUUUUAUUUCUUAACUGCCAUCACCAUCACCACAAACCUCUUUGUGUAAAGAGCUACUGUCUGGAUGCAUGAGUCUGAUGCAUCUCAGAAAGGAAAGAAACAGACAUGUGAAAGGAGUAGAAAUUACAUUUCUCUCUUUUUGAAUUUUUUUUUUCUCUUUCUUUUGCCACAACAUGGGGUGUCUGAAGUCCAGCUUGAGCUAAUGUCUGUCCAGACCUCAGUUCUGUGCCCAUUUCAAAACCUCUUUAAGACAACUACUCUCUGUUGGACCACAGGGCAAUCUUUUUUGGUUUUGUUUUGUUGUUUUUUUCUUGUUUUUUUUUCUCUUGUUGUUAUGAUUGAGCACUGGGCGGACAUCAGCUCUUACACUGGACUUCUGAGGCCCCAGAAGACAGAACUGCAGAAAGCCCUCUUAACCGUUUACGGUGCCGUUUUUUGGCGCUGCAGGGGGGAUGCGUUCGUGAUACCUGUUACCAUGGAUACCAUCGCCAUGUCACCAGCGCAACCCUUUGCAUGCACGUAGCGUUUUUCUCUACUUGUUUUUGUUUCCAGGGAGGAGCCGCGCACACGUUCCCCUCCCGCUCGAUGAAUGUCAUACUGUCAAAAAAAAAUCACAAUCGAUUAAUUUCAAAUUACACCCCUCACUGCCCUCCCCCCUUCUUUUGUUUUAUACCCCCCUGCUCCCAUCCCACCCAAAGUCUUUGUUAAACACCAAAUGUAAGUAUGUAGCAUAGCGGUUCCUGCCGUUGAAGGUAGAGAGAAGGCGGGUAUGUGUCGUCGUUUUCGUUUUUCUGCCCUCCCUGCCGCCCUUUGCGAGAAAUGACAUUGAAUGCACUUUUGACAGAAGGGCCCAUGUGGGAUGUACUCGUCGAGGUCGACGACUCCUCGACCCCCUGCUGCAUUCCGACGUCCCGGGUUGUCACGGAGGCCUGGGGUCCGCUUGUUUGGUUUCGCUUUGUUAUGUUGCCCUCGCUCGCCAAGACCAUUUCCUCCCGAGGAGAUUUUUUUUCUUAAUGGAUGUAACUUUUUGAGUUUGAUACACAGAAAAAAAGAAAAUAGACGAAGGCAUAGACAAAAAGCUGAAGCAUUUCAGAUAGUUCUCGUUUUUGUUGUGUUUUUGUUGUGUUUCGUUGUGUUCCUGUGCUGUGCUGUGCUGUGCUGUGCAGCUUUUAGCAGUCGUGAGACACGCGCGCGCACACACACACACACACUCACACACUCACACUCAGACACUCACACACAGACCAAGUGCAAGUCGUUGUACUGAUUUUGUUAUUACACCAUAGCACUGCGCUCCAUACGUGACUGUAGAAAUCUCCUAGAAGGUAUAUGGAAAACUCAAAUGCACAGAGGGAGAGAGAGAGAGAGAGAGAGAAUGAAAGAGAUAGAGAGAAAGGUGACAAGAGAUCCAGAUAAAGGAAGCACUGACUGUCCAUUUCCAAAUGAAAGAAUCGCCAGCUGUUUGUUUGUCGUGACCUUUGGGAUCGUUGGACCUCCUCUGGGUGUGGGUGGGUGCAGCAGGAGUCCGGUGGGUGGAGGGUUGGGUGUAGUCGGGGAUGUGUCCAGAGUGGGUGCCUGGUGGUGGUGGUGAGGGGUCUCUGUCCGAGCCACGGGUGGUGCUGGGCUUAUUCAGCCAGUCUCUGAGCCAUUUUUUUCCCCCUAAGAGUCGUCAGCAAACAGCAACAACAACAACAGCAGCAGCAGUAGUAGCCCCAUUUUAUUUCCUUAAUCACUGGUCUUGCCAGAGUGCUUGAAUCCCUUGGCAAGUGAGGGGCGACCGACAACCAGCUGUUCCUCCUCCUUUUGGAGAGAGAGAGACGACGACGACAAUGACGCGGCUGACUUACCCUACACCACCCCACCCCCCCCCACCCCCCACUCCGUCCCUUCCCCACGCUGCAGGGAGCGCGCAGUGACACAUAUCACCUCCCCCUCCCUCUUUGUCGUUGUGGGGGGGGGGGGGAUAGCGGUGGGUUGUGAGAGAGGUGGGGUGGUGGGGGUGAGUCGGAUCCCAGUCCAGGGCAGCUAUUACUCACCCCCAAAACUUCCGGCUCUACCCCUUUGCCCCCCCUCCUCCAAGAACACCCCCCCCCCCCCAAAAAAAAAAAAAAAACUCGAGGGAGGACAUAACCAGCACAUACACUGAGCGCGCUCCCCUCUGCCCCCCCCCCACCCCUUCCACAAACACACACUCCCCCCCUUUUCCCUCUUCUGAGCCUUACUGAGAGAACCACACAGAGUGAAAAGUGGAAAUGGUCAUCGCGAAGAGCAGUGGUUGUUGUUGUCAUGCCAUAUUAGCCGUGUACUGGAUCGAUCGUUGUGUGCUUUCUAUUUCCUUUUGGAGUUGUGGACUACUCUUUGUCGGUUAUUUUAGCUAUCACACAGGGAAGCUGCUGCAAGAGGCUGUGCUGCGAGUUUGUUUACAUAAGUGAUUCCUGUAUGGUUGGACGUCCAAGGGUACAGCAAAAAAAUAAAGAUAAAGCUAACAAAGGGGGUGUGCAGGUUGUUUAUGGUAGGGGAGGCUUUUCGGUGUGCACUUUUCCAGACGGGGACUAAGUCCGGCCUCACAUGCUGCUGAGGUGGGACGCUGCCAAUCAGUCCUAAACGGGUGCAAUAAAAGCCUCUCUCCCAGGGGAUCAUGGGUAAUGGAGCCAGACUGUCAACACAGAAUUGCCAACCCCACCUCCCCCCACCGGCACCCUCUAUCAGCUGGGGCCUCGUGUGUGUGUGUGUGUGUGUGCAGAGCAGGGAGCAGGGAGUUAAACAGAUGGACAGUGACCUUGGGUCUGACCUCGCAGCUUUCAGCCCCUCAUGAUUUGAAAGACUUUUGGGGGCAGAUUUGCUCAGAUUUUUAAUAUGACGUUAAUCGUACACGUAGACAGCCUAAGUUAAGUACAAGCUGGAUGUGGCAGACUGUUCCAGCUUUUUAAAUGUACUGUUGAAAAACCACACACACAUCCAGCAAAACAGUCUCUCAUUCUAUUACACUUGCUGUCUGAAGUUGCCACCAAUGCGAUUUGACACCUUCUACAUGAAUUUGAUAAUACCCCCCCCCCCACUCCCACCCCUUAAAUAUCUUUCGACAAGUUAAUUAAUUGUACCCCAGCUCAUCUGAACUUUGCAAGCAUUUAGCUCACGUUUGUGCACAUAGUAAUCGGUUGCGUCGUAAUAAGUGGUUUUCUAGCAGAGGGUAAUAGCACAUAAAAUGCACUAUGUCGAAGUUGAAGUUAUGUGACAUUGAGACGCGGGGUGUCUCCAGGAAUGUAUUGCCAAAACUCAGGCCUCACACAUUCAAGUAUACCCUCAUGGAAGAGUUGCGCAUGUUAGGAUGUGAAACAUGGAAGGGAAAUAGUCGUUUUAUUUGUCUCGUUGGGUUUGUCAUCGAUGAUUUUGGAGGAAAAAAAUUAUUGCCACUUUCGCAUUUGGGGUGUUUUACAUAUUUGUAGAAUGUAAUGUUAUUGUACAACAUAUGGUAGAAUACACAACAUAACACAUGGGAAGUGCCAAUAAUUGAUGUUUUUAUUUGAGAUGUUUCGAUGUAUUCCUUUUUGUAUUUCAUAUUUUAACACGAAUAACUAUUUCCAAGGUGAAGCCAUUCGUGUCGGGAGUGUUGGCAAGGACCAAAGUUCUUUUGGUAAAAAAAAAUCAGUUUCCUCUCUCUGUGCAGAUAGACUUGUCCUUUGUUUUUUUUUUUUUACUUUACAAAACAAAAAAAAAUCUGCGCUACCCAAGAUGAAAAGCUGUCUCUAUCUUGUGAUCCUGUCAGUACAUCUUUAUUGUGUUCAUUUUCUUUUCCUUGGGUAUGUUGUUAUGAACUGCUGUAAAUUUGUACAGUUCAUGUAAAUUGAUUGUGCGGAAGUUGUACAGAUUUCUAUAUUUUGGAAGAAAAGUUUUUUUUCUCUGUAAUAAAAGAUUUCCUAUCUUGGCAAACGUAAA